AUGCACCCUUCGAAUAGGAUUGCCGUAGUGCAAUUUGACCCCCAGCUCGGAAAGGUUAGGGAAAACAUAUCCAAAGUCGAGGCGCUUACGGCCCAGCUUCAGCCUGGAUCGGUUGAUCUGCUGUGUUUUCCAGAGAUGGCAUUCACUGGCUAUUGCUUUGCAAGCUUCUCCGACAUUCGGCCCUUUUUAGAAGACUCCAUUGACGGCGAAACUUCACGGUUUUGCUGUUCGAUCGCAAAGAGGCUUCGUUGUCAUGUAAUUUGUGGCUAUCCUGAGAAAUUGUCUGGAUAUUCCGAGUCUCGCCAAUCCGACGACUUGGCGGCUAAUUCUGCCAUACUGAUCUCUCCGGAGGGAAAGCUACUAAGCAAUUAUCGUAAAUCCAAUCUUUUCGAGUUUGACAAGCCAUGGGCUGAGGCAGGGAAUGGAUUUACCACCCUUGAUCUUCCAGCGCCCCUAGGACGAACAGUCAUAGCUAUUUGCAUGGAUCUCAAUCCUUUCCCCCCGGCAGAAUGGACAAGUUCAGGGGGCCCAUUUGAAGUUGCCGAACACAUUCGAGGGACAAAUGCAGACACUCUCAUCUUUCUAUGUAACUGGCUCGACUCGGGCGAAGACCCUGACUGCGAAUGGGACACUCGAACACUGCAGUAUUGGGUUGCCAGACUCAAACCUCUUUGGGACGAAGAAUAUGACACAGAUCUGAGCACUGAUCGGGUCCGUACUGUCAUAAUAUGCAACCGAACGGGGCUCGAACAAGGAGUUCUUUUUGCUGGCACAUCUGUGGUAUUCAGGAUGUCGCGACGAGAUGGUCCGGAAAUUGUAGGAAUGAUGAAGCGCAAAACCGAGGGCGCCCGAAUCUGGACUACAUAA